CGGAGGAAAUAUCCUCGUCAUAUUGGCCGUGUCUUUGGAGAAAAAAUUACAAUACGCCACCAAUUACUUCCUGAUGUCUUUGGCGGCGGCCGAUUUGCUGGUGGGCCUCUUUGUGAUGCCGAUCGCCCUGCUGACUCUGUUGUUUGAAGAGCCCUGGCCGCUCCCUCCGUACCUCUGCCCCGCCUGGCUGUUCCUGGACGUCCUCUUUUCCACGGCCUCCAUCAUGCACCUCUGCGCCAUCUCCCUGGACCGCUACGUCGCCAUCAAAAAGCCCAUCCAGGCCAGCCAAUACAACUCGCGGGCAACCACCCUGAUCAAAAUAGCCGUGGUGUGGCUCAUCUCCAUAGGCAUCGCGAUUCCAAUCCCGAUUCGCGGGAUAGAAGACAAUGGUGCCAACUUUCGGAACUUUACCUGCGUGCUGAAGCCCAACCGUUUCGGCGACUUCAUCCUGUACGGCUCAAUAGCCGCCUUCUUCGUCCCGCUGGCCAUUAUGGUGGUGAGUUACUUCCUGACCAUCCGGGUCCUGCACCGGAAGGCUCACUUGGUCAACAAGCAGCCUCAACGUCUGACUUGGAACACCAUCUCCACCGUUUUCCAGCGGGAGAUGACAGACGGAUCCUCACCGGAAAAAAUGGCCAUGCUGGAGGGUUCCCGCAAGGACAGAACUCUGCCGAACGGGAACGGAGAGAUGCUGAUACGCAGGAUGUCCACCGUCGGGAAAAAGUCAGUGCAGUCUAUCACCAACGAACAGCGGGCUUCCAAGGUGCUGGGGAUUGUGUUCUUCCUUUUUCUGGUGAUGUGGUGCCCUUUUUUCAUCACCAACAUCACCUCCGUCCUGUGCAAAUCCUGCAGUGAGGAGUUCAUCCAGAUGCUGAUGGAGAUCUUCGUCUGGAUCGGCUACGUCUCCUCGGGGGUGAAUCCGCUGGUCUACACCCUUUUCAAUAAGACCUUCCGGGAAGCCUUCGGCAGGUACAUCACCUGCAAUUACCAGACUACGGUGUGGCACGGCCUCCGGAGACCCUCCGCCAGGCUCUCGUUCCGAAACUCGGUGACCGAGAACUCCAAGCUUUUUAUGAUGCCCCAUGGAAGGCGGAACGGGAUCAAUCCGGUCGGCUACCCAAACCACCGGCUUUGCAGCUCGCCCAUCCAGUGGUCGGCCGUUCUGCUGGACACGUUGCUCCUCACCGAGCACGAAGCGGACAAAACAGAAGAACAAGCCAGCUACGUGUAGCCCGGCGGUGGGAAAUGCACCCUGUGCGCGCACGCAAAGCCCGUCGGGAAACGGCAGUAUGUGUAUAUAUAUGGUUUUCAUCCAUUAUUUAUAUGAUCCCUAACUGCAGUUUUAAGAACUGGUCUCCUCUUGCCCCAAGACCGCCUCCGUUUACUCCAGUGUAAGAGAUAAAGCAAGCUUUCCGACACUGCGAGUUUAUAAACGGAGGAGCCUCAAUAAAUAAAUACAGCUCUGGCAAGUCUCGGGUCUCCGAUUCCUCAUCUCCGAUUUAUUUAAACAGACGCACACGCGACGUGACAAAAAGACAAAGGGCUACUUUUUCAAACCUACGCAAGGUUUGU